AUGAGUCAUCCUGCUCAGGCUAGUUCAUCGACUCUAGUUGGAUCUUCCCAGUCACAAUCUCAAAGUCAACCUCAUACUCGACCUGUUCCCAAGAUAUCGGACUUCCUGGAUGACGAUGAGGGUUCCGAUGGCGAUGAAGAUGAAAGCGAAGAUCAUAGCGAGGAUGAUGAGGAUCAGGUGGUAGAUGAAGACACGAUACCUAGCCUACCGAGUUUGAAUGCACAGGUCAACGGUCAGAGUCAAAGUCAGAAUCAGAGUGACGGUCUAGUGACGAAUAAGAAACGUAAACGAGAUCUCACGAUUGUCAAUGGAAAUGCAAAUAGAAGUGCGAGUGUAAACGGGAGUGGCCCUUCGUCGAAAAGAACAAAUAUAAUGAAUGAGAAUGCAACUGGAACUGGAAACGGAAAUGGAAGUGAAAUGAGAAAGAAAGAAGCGGAAAAGUUAUUCAUUAAAAGAAAAGAAUUGCCUUUUUAUCAAGGAAGAAGAGAGAUUUUAGAAGAAAUAAUGAAUAACGAUACUACUAUAAUAUUAGGAGAAACGGGAUGUGGUAAAUCAACUCAAUUACCUCAAUUACUACUUGAUCAUUCAAUAUCAACAUCCCAUUAUCUCCCAAAUCGACCUCCUAAAAUAGUCGUCACUCAACCUAGAAGAUUACCCGCUAUAGCUCUGGCUAAUCGUGUAGCAGCAGAGAUGGGAUGUGUGGUCGGAGAACAAGUUGGUUACAGUGUGAGAUUCGAAGAGAUGGUAGGCAAAGAUACAGGGAUAAGAUAUUGUACAGAAGGUGUUUUGAUGAGAGAACUAGCAAAUCCCGAGUCAUCCACUUCACGCUCACAAGUGAAUGGAGACUCAUCGGGUCCCCCUCCCCAUACGAAUGGAGGAUUAAAUCUCUUAUUGAAAUACGAUAUAAUAGUAAUUGAUGAAGCACACGAAAGGACACUCAAUACCGAUUUCUUAUGUGGUGCAUUGAAGAAAGUUCAGAAAAUAAGGAAAGAUCUAGUACGAAAAGCUAGAGAGGAAGAUACAAAAUUAAAGAUGAAUGGAAACACAAACGGAAAUGGAAAAGGUACAAGCAAUUCUACCAGAAGAGCAAAAGGAGGAGCAGGAAUCAGAGAACUGAAAUUGGUUAUAAUGAGUGCUACGUUAGAUCCAGUAAAAUUCCAAAAUUUCUUUGACACCGGAAAAGAUGCGCUUCUGGUAAAAGGACGCAUGUACGAUGUCUUGACUCAACAUACCUUGCAACCUGUGGACGACUUUAUAGAAGCUGCAGCUAGACAAAUCAUGAUUAUACAUUGCGAUGAAAAGAACGAAGGAGAUGUGCUAGUUUUUAUGCCUGGUUCGGAGGAAAUUGAAAACUGCGUAGAAUUGUUGAAAAGAGUUGCAAAGCAAUUACCUGAGAAUGGUCAACAGAUCCAAGUAUUACCCCUUUAUGCAGCUCUUCCCCCCACCGCCCAAGCGAAGAUCUUUUCUCCUCCACCAAAAGGUACAAGACGAGUAAUAGUAGCGACCAAUAUAGCUGAAACCUCCAUGACUAUACCUGGUGUUUCGUUCGUCGUCGAUUCGGGUUACAAAAAGGAGAAGGAAUACAUCUUCAGAAGUUCCGGGUCUAUCGAACAACUUAGAAGGAAAGGUAUAAGUCAAGCUGCUGCUUGGCAAAGAACCGGAAGGGCUGGACGGGAACGUGAUGGCCAUUGUUUCCGAUUAUUUACUAAGCAAAUGUUUGACAAAAUGCCUGAAUUCGAUGCUCCUGAAAUCCAGCGGUGCAAUUUAUCUUCAGCUGUUUUGCAAUUGAUUGCGAUGGGUCAAAAUCCCUUCGAGUUUGAAUACAUUGAUAAUCCCGGAAGGGAUUCUAUCGCAGCUGCCUUCCAAACAUUGGCAGGGUUACAAGCACUUUCUUCACCUACGACGAUAACUCAAUUAGGUAUUGAAAUGUUGAAAUAUCCGUUAGAUCCUCCUCACGCCAGAAUCCUGAUUGCCUCAUUUGAGUUGGGAUGUUCCAAUGAGAUUAUCGAUAUAUUAUCGUUGAUCAAUUCUGGCGGAACGGUCUUUAUUGAUAAACCAAAUGAUAGAGAAGAAGCAUCAAAUUCAAAAGCCAAAUUCAUACAUAGAGAUGGUGAUCACCUGACUUGUCUCAAUGUCUUAAGAUCUUAUUUAGCUAUAAAAGAAUCGAAUACAAAUCUAAAUUCGAAAAGAAAAACAAAUGGAAAUUCCAAUUCGGGUCCAAACUCGAAAAGUUUGAUAGGAUGGUGUAAAGAUAAUUUCGUCAAUCACAAAACAUUGACUCAAGCUAUUAAAAUCAGAGAUCAAUUAAGAGAAUUGGCUGAAAGGAAUGGGAAAGAUUGGAAAUCAUCGUCUUCAAUAGCAGGAAGUGAUAGUUCACCUAUAUUGAAAUCACUCUUACAAGGUUUAUUCAUGAAUACAGCUGUUAUUCAAUCGGAUGGUACAUACAAACAGACUGCUGGUAGCUUGAGAGUCAAGAUUCAUCCUUCGAGCGUAUUGAUGAGCAAGAAAGUACCUGCUAUAUUAUAUGACGAACUCACAAUUACAAGUAACGUUUACGCACGUAACGUAUCUACCUUCGAACAACAUUGGUUAACUGAAAUUCCACUAUUCGCUAAAGCAGGAAAACAAGUUACUGUUCCUGUCGGUCAAGGUCAGCUGUAA